CCGUGAUUUAUUUGUUUGUUGGUAGUUAUGUGUCUCUUUUUUUUUUUCUCUUUUUCUCUCUCUCUUUUCUCUUGCUCGUAUUUCCUCACAACUUUAUCUUAGUUCGAUAUAUUCUAUAAAGAGAGACAGCAACCAUAAAACCAAAAGAAAAAAAAUGGUUACAAAAAAAUGCCAAAGCGACCCAGGAACAGACAGUAACAUAAAAAAUUACAGUUUGAAUUGGUUUACAUUUGAAGCCCACCUGUCCUUGCCUCCCUCACCUCCACUAGCCUUUUGAUACCGGUCCUCCCGACAUCCGUGUUUAUGCAACAAGUCAUUACCGAACAUACCUCUUGACAAAAGCCCCCAACUUUCAUACUUUAAGAUCGCUAUCUUCCAUAAUUUUACCCAGCUGUCCGUGGGAGAAAAAAAAAAUUACCCACAGCCUGUCCUUGUAUCUUAAUACUUUACUAUCUUUUCUCUCACUCUCCCUCUCCCUCUUUUUGUGCCCCCCACUCACCACCACACACACACCUGGUGUUUACAUAACCGCGGGUAAAAAGCUGCUAUAACAACCAACAGCAUCUGUCACAGUCACUGGCUUGUGACGAAAUAAAGUUGAACAUACUUGGGUCAGCCGAUCAUAAGUCAUCUGUCUAAUCAGAAACACGGGGGUUGUUUGUAUUCAACCAUCCUCGGGACGUACCGCUCGAGGUUAUAUUCCCCCAAACAGUUCCGAUUUUCCCGCUUGCCGCUAAACACUUUUAACUCACCGAGCUGUGCAAGCUUCACGGACCGAGCCAUAAAGCCUCUCCUUUUGUAUAUGGGAGGUGAGCCUACGAGCAACAACAUCGCCGCUUGGUUCUCUGUUUGGAUGGUUCCAACUCGGCUAAUCUGAGGGUCGGGGCUUCCAAGGUGUGUUUUUGCAUUAUAUAUUUCUGUCCUAGGCAAAAAAGAAAUUACUGGCAGAUCGAUUCCAUCAUCCUAUCGAGACUUGAAGAAAAGAGAGAGAGAGAGAGAAAAAAAAUACAGGAAACCAUGGCUGCAGUCAGAUCCAACCCCUCAGUGAGGACGGACGGGCUGCCAGAUGAAAGCACGGAACAAUUGAACGUGGUGGAGUCCCCGGCCUCUGGCACUGCUUUGGCCCGUUUCGAGUUCGAGACGGACAAGGGCAACGAGGGAACCAAGAUACUCAUGGUAGAGUGGGACGCAGCCUCGUCGGCGACGGACAGCAGGCAGAUGGAGGACUGGCAGGUCUCGUGGGAAGGCAAGACCACCGUGCUCCCCAUCAGAGACCCGGACUCGUCCGAGGGCGACUCGUCGAACCGCCGCGUCUACUUCCUGCUGCCUCCGGGAGCCCCAAUACCGCCGCUGGUGACUAUUUCCAGGACCGGGGCCGGGGCCGCCUCGGAACCGCUGCGGACCAAGCCCCUACCGGCAAUCUUCCACCCGGCCCUGCUAGGUGCCGAGACCAGGCAGGAGGUUGGGUUGCGGGGCGUGCUUCACACCAUCUGGGCCAAGAAGCGGCUGGUGGAGCUGCAGGCCGAGAUGGACCGCGAGGCCAAGUCCAACGGGGAGAGCGUCGGGCUGGAGAUGGCGCUUCAGGAGAGGAACUGGAUAGUGGAGCACUUUGGCUUGUCCGAAUCGUAUGCGCCCACGCAGCAACAGCAGCAGCAGGCCGCGCCUCUCAGUCCGACGAGUCCGACAAGUCCAAGGUCUCCGAUCGGGGGAAAGCUGGGUGAGAAGUUGAAGGGUUUGAAGCUUGCCACUUCCCCUACGGAGCUGGCUGCUGCUUCUCAGCUCUCGAAAGCUCAAGUUUCAUCUCUGUCUCCUCAAGUAGCAGACGUGGCAAUACCAUCAUUUCUGGCUUUCCAGGGACGCGGACCGUCUGGUAGGACUCCCGGUACCGGUAACAUGGCCAAUAACCACGGUGUUGCUUCUCUCGAUGCCAUUAUUGGGGGAGGGGGACCAGGGGCAGCGCCCACCAUGGGAUUCAACAAUGCUGGUGAUACUGAGGAGGAAUUGUUUGCUCUACCGAUGAGCCCAAGAAGUCCCGAGAUGAAGAGGAGCCCAUUCAGCAUGCUUUAAGAGCGGUAUCGUGGGAAACAUGGCUGUUUUGGAAUCCAAACGCUGUGUUUUGUUUUUGCGAGGCGUUGGGCGAAUCGUGGGCGACAUUGCUUGAUAUAUAUAGAAGGAUUUCUAACGGGAUACAAGAGGCCCGGGAGGUUAUUACUUCUUGCUGGUCGUACAGAAGGGCGCUUCAGACUACGGGUUGAUAAAGGAGGCAUGUUCGCUUACGCGAGAGAUUGAGACGAUCAUGAGGAUGACUUGAUCAUUUGGAAGUAUAUACCGGCUCAUGAUGGGGCUCGAUAAGUCACAUCUAUAGCAGGCAAGACAUCGUCGAGCAGUAGAACGAAUGGUGUUGUUGAUGCUUGUCUACAGAGACUGCACAUGUUGCAUGUUCUCAUUGUAGCUUCAUGCUCUUUGAUAACCGUCAUGCUCAUAAUCGCAAGAUGAAAGUAACAUUGCUUGGGCAUAUUGCCCACCCCUUAGUCUGUGUGACUUCAACCUUUGCGCAGUGGCCUGACUCGAGGGUUGAUGAUCCGAGAGUCCUAUGUUUCUCCCCCAGUCAUAAACCCUACCAAGCGCCACACGACCACCACCCCCUAAAAACCCAGCAGCAUAAAAGCCCAUCAACCGCUUUCACCUCCAUCCACCAACCCUCCCCUCAUCCCACCUCUCCUUCUUCUCCUGCCUCAAGUACAAGCGCUUCCUAGCC